AUGAACAAUCAGGAUAGAUUAGAGGAGAUAGCCCUGACUGUUCAGCAACUCUCCCAAACUGUAGCCAGACUUGUUUUGAACCAACCAAGAGGAGUUGUGCCUAUGCCCCAACAUGAUAGAAACACUGAGGAUAGGACCAUAAGGAUUGAUGUACCUGACUUUGGAGGGAUGCACCAUAGCCCUGAGGAAUACCUAGAUUGGGAGGCUGAGUUAGAAAGGUACUUUGAAUUUAAAGAAACAUCUGUUGAACAGAGAUAUAAAUUGGCUAAAAUCAAAUUGAACAAACUAGCAGCAAAUUGGUUUGAGGGAGGGACCAGGUCUGUAGCAGACUAUAUCCAAGAGUGUGAAAGACUUGUUGUUUUGUGUAACAUUGCUGAUUCUGAAGAGAUGAGGAUAGGGAAAUUCAUAGGAGGCCUUAGGGAAGAUUUGAGAGAAAAACUUGAAGUUAUGCAGCAUUUAAACUUUGACACUGUAUGCAACAAUGCCCUUAUACAUGAGAAGUAUGCUAAGAAGAGAAGCAAUUACACACAGCCCUUUAAGCUCAUUGCACCUAAACCUAGCACCAGUAGCAACAGCAUGGGAAAUAUGGGAAUAAGUACCAGUGCCUCAAACAGGAACAUCAACAUAACAACACCUAAUAAGCGUAAGGAUAGACCCAAUGCACCCCUGAAGGACAUUAUAUGCUUUAAGUGCCAUGGUCAUGGUCACAUAAAGAAAGAGUGCCCUAAUUCAAGAGCCUUCACCAACAUGGAAUGGACUGAGAUCAAUGAGAGGGAAAGGAAACCUAGGGCUAUGCUUGUUGCUAAGGAUGGGAAGGAAGAACUCAUAUUACCCUCUACACCAGCUGAUGACCCAGAAGAAGAGGAAGUCAGAGAGCAACUGUACCCUGAGGAAGGGAGAUACCAUUUGCUGAUAAGGAGAAACUUUCAUGCCACACCAAAAGGAAGAAAAUCAUACCAAAGGAAGAGUAUUUUCCAAACAAAGUGCAGGAUCAAAGAUAAGGUUUGUGAUCUAAUAAUUGAUGGAGGGAGUGAGACUAAUUGUGUGAGUGCACAGCUGGUUCAGGACCUCAACCUACACACACAAAACCAUCCUAAUCCAUACAAAUUAAGGUGGCUAGAUAGUAAAGCUGAAGGAUUUGUAAAGAAACAGUGCUUGAUCAAUUUCUCCAUAGGUUCAUAUAGUGAUGAGAUUCUAUGUGAUGUUUUAGACAUGAGUGCAUGCCACAUAUUAUUGGGGAGACCUUGGCAACAUGACAGGCACUCAAUACACAAUAGUUUCACUAACAUUUACACUAUUAAGCAUGAAGGGAAAUUAAAAGACCUCAUACCCUUACCACCACAUAGGAUUAGCCUCACACCAGUUAAGCAAAAGAAAGUUAGUUUCAUCAUGAGCAAAGGGGAGUGCCACAGGGAAGUUAAAGAAGGAGGGGAGUUGUUGUUCCUAUUUACCAAGGAAAUUAAUGAGAGCACAAACCAACAUCAUCCCAAGGUUGAAGAGCUGUUGAAGGAGUUUAGUGAUGUGUUCCCACAUGAGCUACCUGAGGGACUACCACCAGUGAGGGGAAUAGAGCAUCAAAUAGACUUGAUACCUGGAUCACAAAUCCCAAACAAACCAGUGUAUAGAACCAAUCCACAGGAAGCCUUAGAAUUGCAAAAACAAGUGGAUGAGCUAUUAGCCAAAGGAUAUGUGAGGGAGAGUAUCAGUCCUUGUGCUGUACCCACAUUGUUAGUACCCAAGAAGGAUGGGACCUGGCGUAUGUGCAUUGACAGUAGAAGUGUGAAUAAUAUAACAAUCAAAUAUAGGUUUCCCAUCCCUCGCAUAGAUGAUAUGCUAGAUGAGCUCACAGGAGCACAGUGGUUUAGUAAGAUUGAUUUGAGAAGUGGGUAUCAUCAAAUAUGA